AGCGCGGGAAGCCAGUCUAAUUCAGAUAUACGAAGCGAUAACAAGUGGUAGAAAGUGAAGUUGAGUGGUGAGAAACCUCUCGAAGUUAACAAACGAGUGCAUUGUUAUUAUAUACGAGUGAAGAGAAACGAAUAAAUCGAAAUGCCAGCUAUUGGAAUUGAUCUUGGAACCACCUACUCCUGCGUCGGUGUUUGGCAGCAUGGGAACGUGGAAAUCAUCGCAAACGACCAGGGAAACAGAACAACACCAUCAUACGUCGCAUUCACGGACACAGAGCGACUGAUCGGCGAUGCCGCGAAGAACCAGGUCGCUCUCAACCCGAACAACACAGUGUUCGACGCGAAACGUCUCAUUGGGCGAAAAUUCGACGACCCGAAGAUCCAAGCGGACAUGAAGCAUUGGCCUUUCAAAGUCAUCAACGACUGCGGAAAGCCGAAGAUUCAAGUCGAAUUCAAGGGUGAGGUUAAGACGUUCGCGCCGGAGGAGGUCAGCAGCAUGGUGUUGACGAAGAUGAAGGAGACUGCCGAGGCUUACCUCGGUAGUACAGUGCGAGACGCGGUGAUCACAGUACCAGCUUAUUUCAACGACGCUCAGCGCCAAGCCACGAAAGACGCGGGAGCAAUCGCUGGAUUGAACGUGCUACGAAUCAUCAACGAACCCACCGCCGCUGCCCUGGCUUACGGCCUGGACAAGAACCUGAAAGGUGAGAGAAACGUCCUAAUCUUCGAUCUGGGAGGCGGUACCUUCGACGUGUCCAUCCUAACCAUCGAUGAAGGCUCCCUGUUCGAAGUAAGGGCGACGGCCGGCGACACACAUCUGGGAGGCGAGGACUUUGACAACAGAUUAGUUAACCACCUAGCGGAGGAAUUCAAGAGGAAAUACAAGAAGGACAUCAAGUCGAAUGCUCGGGCGUUGAGGCGACUGCGUACGGCGGCUGAGCGCGCUAAACGCACACUUUCAUCCAGUACCGAAGCUACCAUCGAGAUCGACGCCCUGCAUGAAGGCUUAGACUUCUACACACGAGUGUCCCGCGCACGCUUUGAAGAACUAUGUGCAGACCUUUUCAGAGGCACAUUGGAACCCGUCGAGAAAGCUCUCAAAGACGCCAAGAUGGAUAAGAGCCAAAUCCAUGACGUAGUACUUGUCGGCGGCUCGACCCGCAUCCCGAAGGUUCAGAAUCUUCUACAGAACUUCUUCUGCGGAAAGAAACUAAACCUCUCCAUCAAUCCUGAUGAAGCCGUCGCCUAUGGCGCUGCAGUACAAGCGGCUAUCCUUUCUGGAUCCACCGACUCGAAGAUUCAAGAUGUCCUCUUGGUCGACGUGACACCUCUCUCGCUGGGCAUCGAAACCGCUGGCGGCGUAAUGACGAAGAUCAUCGAGCGCAACUGCAAGAUUCCAUGCAAACAAAGCCAGACGUUUACUACAUACUCCGAUAACCAACCGGCGGUCACCAUCCAAGUGUACGAGGGCGAGCGAGCGAUGACCAAGGAUAACAACCUACUUGGCACGUUCGACUUGACGGGAAUACCGCCAGCGCCGCGCGGAGUACCAAAGAUCGACGUCACAUUCGAUUUGGACGCGAACGGUAUCCUCAAUGUGUCUGCGAAGGAAAACAGCACUGGAAGGGAGAAGAACAUCGUCAUCAAGAACGACCGCGGCCGCCUCUCUCAAGCCGAGAUUGAGAGAAUGUUGGCUGAAGCCGAGAAAUACAAAGAAGAGGAUGAGAGGCAGAGGGAACGUGUGGCUGCCCGCAACCAGCUAGAAGCGUACGUCUUCAGUGUGAAACAAGCUGUGGAUGAAGCUGGAGACAAACUUAGCGAGGACGACAAAGGCACGGCGCGACGCGAGUGCGAGGAAGUGCUCCGAUGGUUGGACAACAACUCGCUAGCUGAGAAAGAUGAAUAUGAACAUCGAUUGAAGGAAGCACAACGCGUCUGCUCGCCGAUUAUGACGAAGAUGCAUGGCGGCGGCCAGGGUGGUAUGCCUGGAGGAAUGCCGGGGGGCAUGGGAGGUAUGCCCGGAGGAAUGGGUGGUAUGCCCGGAGGAAUGGGAGGUAUGCCCGGAGGAAUGGGAGGUAUGCCCGGAGGCUACGGAGGAUACCAACAACAAGACGGCGGCUACCAAGGCCCAACGGUUGAAGAAGUUGACUAAAUUAUUGUGCCAACAUUUUAGUUAGUUCCAUCUUCUAAUUUGAGAUCUCUCCCUUUUUAAGACUGAUUGUAAUACCAAAAGAUAGUUAUGUAAAUCGUAAAACAAUUUGUGAUCAUCUGUUUGGUUUUAUAAAUAAAUACCUAUUUUAAGUUUA